AUCAUUUUUCCAUCAACUACGAAACCAAGAAAAGAAAGAAUUUAAAAAUGGACUACAAACUGAGAGAAACUUGCUUUGCCACAUCUACACACGACUUUGUCGCUUCAAAACUUAACUAAUCCAAGUUAAAAACAUAUAACUACAUUCAUGAGUAGUCCCUAAUACAUUUUUGUUACUUUUGAUUAGAGGACAACAAAAUGGACACUUCACACUGCCAUUACCGAGGCUACAUCGUGCUAGUAUUUUUGUUUUAUUCCUUUGUGUUUGGUUUAGCUUCUAAUAUAGAUAUUUCUGAUGAUGCAAAAGGCAGCAAAACUAACAGUACCCCAAGACGUUUUCUCUCUAAUUCCAUAUAUCAUGGCAAAGACAUGGGCAAUGAAUAUAUAAGGUGUGCAGAAUCUGAUCUCGAAAUUCCGCAGAUGGAUAUUUCUUGCGAAAAGACAUCUAAAGAUGUUGUUAGGAAUAUCAAUUUCGCUGAUUAUGGCAAUCCUUCUGGUAAGUGUGAACACUAUAGACACGGAAAUUGCGGCGCAUCAAAUACCUUGAGGAUCGUCAAAAAGAAUUGUCUUGGAAAACAUAAGUGUGUGCUUUUGGUUUCGGACGAGAUGUUUGGUACGAGUCACUGCAAUAAAGAUAUUCAACUCUUUGUUCAAGUCACCUGUACAAAACCUUAAGUUUCUUAUUUGCAUGGUUUUUUUCUCUGUACUGAUCAGGUUCUUAUUGAUUAUUAAAUGAAUGUACGAAAAGAUUAAGUUAUUUAUUCUAUUUGUUAUUAUUUUUUAACAAAAUGUAAAUAUCACUUUGAAAUCAAAGUUGAGGUUUUAUAAACGUGAUUACACAGAAAGUAAGACCUAUAGUCUUGAUUCCAUAACAAAAGGUAAAAAACAUGGAAGCAAAAACAAUCAGAACUUAAACCGUUCUAUUUGAUAUUUUGCAACAAGGAUUGAUGUUGAUGCCGAUCUUAACCACAUAGUCUUUGCGACUUUUAGAACUGUAUCUUUUGGUUGAAGGAGAAUGAAUAAGUGACAGAAAAAGUCAAAAGGUUGUGUAACAUCAUAAAAAAAGAAGUUGAGUAUUUACUUUAGCAAGAAUGUCAAAUGUUUUUGACGUCUUUCAGAGCAUCUCCAAAAGAAACUCUAUAACUUCAAAUAUAGAGUUCUUGCUCUCAAAAAAGAAAGAAAAUUUAAAACUUCAAAUUUACAGUUUUGAGAACUAUCACUACUAAAAACUUCAAAUUUGAAGUUUCAUCAUUUUAUUUACAUUUUGAUCUUUACAAUUAAUUACAAAUUAUAUUUUUGAUUUUUAAGUAUUUUCUCGUUUAUCGGAUGAAGCCUUAAA